AUGCCUCACGAAACAUCCAUGUCUGCGGCCUCUCGAAAGGCUUGGAAUCUUAAAGUUAUUCAGCGUCAUGACCCGGAUAUUAUUUGUAUAUGGGAUCAGGUGCCCUAUGUCAUGCUGAUGCAGUACUCGGCCACCCAAUGGUCCAAAACCUCUGUGGAGGGAAGUCUGUUCUUGUUUGACCGCCGAGGUUCACCCCGUUACGGCUUCUUUAUUCUAAAUAGGUCGUCCUCUCACAAUUACAUGCACCUAUUGACGCCAGAGGACAACUUGGAAGUUUUGGAGAGUUAUGUUAUUUUUCGAGCAAAAGGAAGCAAAGACGCUCCCGUUAUGGGCCUAUGGGCCAGUGAUCCCGAUCAUCGGAACCAUCUAGGGAAAACCCUUCUUGACCUCCAUGCACAUAUCAAGAGGGGAUCUACAGAAGCUUUCUACAAUCCCACUGAUGUUUUCGGCGGCGACCAAGCGCAACCUGCCAUAUCAUCCCCCUCGCCAGCGAUAAAAACUACUACUAACUCUGUCGCGUCUCCGGCAACCGGUAGUUCGUCUGGCAUCAGUCAGACAACAAACGAGGCAGGAGGGAUGCAAUCUCUGAACGAUCUAUUUGCUCGCCUGAGCUCAUCCGCUUCUGUGGGCUCUGCGACCACCGCCACUGUAGCUGCUCAAACAACCCUGUAUUCAUCGCAGCCUAGUCAAGGACCCACACCCUCUAGUAGUGCGUUUCAACCCGCCCAGCCAUCCUCUCAGCCUACGCCCACCGGUCCUCUUCGGGGGCAGGCAUUACUGGAUAGUCUAUUCGCUAUGGCAUCUCCCACCCGCGCUCCUGCAGUAGUUCAACCCACUUCGACCAAUCUCUCUGCCUCCGGCUCGUUCACAGUGCCUCAGUCCCAGUCGUCCAGCACAUUUAGCAAUUUUAGCGCUCCGGCUUCCUCGGCUUCGGCCAAUCCGUCUCAGUCGACUACUCAAUCUCCUACUUCGAGUAAGGGGGGCGACCUUCUAGCGCAACUAUUUGCUAAUCUAAGUACUGGGCCACAGCCAUCCACCAGUACACAAUCAGUUCCUCCAGUCUCGCAGCCGUACAAUUCCAGGCACACCCGAGCACCCUCGACGCCGCCCCCAAUUAUAUCUACACUCCCUGCCGAUCCCGCUAUAAUUCAUAGUGCCAAAGUAACUCCUGAGCCCAAGAGCGAGCGGAGACGCAAUAACACUCGCCGGGGUUACGCUACCGACACGUCCCCAAGACCACACCACACCCACUCGCAUUCACACCGCAUGUCAGUGUUCGACGAAGAUGCUACUCAUUCACGCAGCACCUCACAGGCUGCCGAUGAUGUACUAACCGCACUCAACGGUAGCGUACGCAACAAACCUCGGGCGGGGCGGGCACUAGUGCCGUUUCAAAGCGACACUGGCCCGGUUUAUCAUCCAGAUCCUACCCGGCCCCAUGUCAGUAACCGAUUCCCUGCUGGUGAGAAUGGAGAGGAAGAAAAGGUCUAUGCUAUGGGGGUAGAUGAGGAGGCCGAAGACGAGAUUUUCUACGACGGUCGAGGGAAUCGAGGAAAAGGUCCGAGUCCAAAACGCCAACGGCGGCGUAGAAACGGGCGAGGUGGCGCGAACGGGUCAGAGGGACGCAAUGGCGACACAGUGAACCUCGAUAGGCAAAUUGCUGGUGACGUGUUGAUGCAAGGAAUUGAGUGGGAUGACGGUGUUGUGGAUAAGCAGUUGUUCCUUCAAUCGAUCUAUGCCUUGCUGAACGAACAAGAAUUCGUCGAUCAACUUUACAACGACUAUAAAAUUGCUCAAACGCGCAAGACUUGA